CCGGUAACGGUCCUUUGUGUCCCAGCGGUAUAACUAAAAAUUGUCUUUAUUCCCGGCUAGCACAGCUUGUCUCUUGGGUUUCCCAUUAUUUUGAAGAUGUGUCAUCUAAUCCAUCUGGAAUCGCUGUACAUUGAGCAUCCACUGAAUACCGUGGCACUUACCCUCUUUCGUCGAUCCUUUUGAACCAACACCGUAUAUUAGCAUCAGCUGAGUAAGGUUACACGGCAGUUAAAGCUGGGGGACUCUCUCCCCACAUCUCUUUUAUGGUAUGUGGUUGCACAGUAACAUCCGCCAUGUAUCACCAAAGCGAGAAGAAAAAAAAAAAAAAAAGAAGCAUCAACAGUCUGUUUAUCCUUAGAUAUUUUCUCUCUUCUUCUUCUCUCCCUCUCCUCCCCCCUUUCAUUUUCACUUUUUCCUCUUCAUGGUAUCUAGUUUUGGAUCAGAAUAUCAUAAAGAAGGCUCUUUAAGAGCCAAUGCAUAUGGACACCACAUCAUCAGCGGGUCUUCGUUCGAUACGAGCAGUUUCGGAAGCAACAAUCAGGCUUCUGCUGGUAUGACUGCAGAAUUAUUAGAAGACAUGUCGAUCAUUGACGAUCUUUACAACGAAUAUGGCGAUACAAGCGAACCCGACGAAAUCGCCAACGAAUCUAGACAUAGGGAACGUGAGCUUCUUCUUUACGAUAUGUACCAAUCUGAAGCUCAAUACAUUAUGAACUUGGUGAUUGCACGCGAUGCCUACUUGAACCCACUACGAAAGCAAAUUCCCGCGCAGACCAGUCAUGGACUCCUUAGCGGUAGAAUUGUGUGUACCGAUCAGGAGCUUCGACUACUCUUCAACAAUAUCGAGCAAUUAUUAGAAUUACACCAAGAUUACCUUGCAAAACUAGAAAACAGAUUUCGAAUUUGGGGCCCUACCCAAUUGAUAAGUGAUGUGCUACGACAAAUGUUUCCUAUUUUAAAGGAGUAUACACCGUAUAUGAAGGCAUUUCCUUCCGCAGUGGUCACCUAUGAGAGGUUGUACAAAGUGCAAGCAUUUCGAAAAUUUACAAAGACAUGCCAAGACGAAUCCGGCCAUCUCGGUCGUAACUUAUUUCAUCUCAUACAGGCACCAUUGACCCGUAUACCCCAUUAUGUUUCCAUUGCACAACUGUUGGUCAAAUACACCGACCAUUUACACCCUGACUACGCCAUGAUCGUUCAAUACGCGCAACGAAUGCAAUUGAUUGCAGCCGAUGUCCAAAAUCUUGUCGAUGACAGCGUUCGCGCAGCCAGAGUUAUGGACGUUUACACGUCGAUCCAAAAUCCACCGUCCCUCGUCACAUUGUAUCGCAGACUCCAUUAUAGCGGAGAAUUAUACAAAGUUCAGUCAAGCGGAAGCGGCUCAUCAUCGGCCGGAAUGCGUCAUUUUUACCUUUUCAAUGACAUGCUGAUCUGGGGAAGAGCUAAAGAUAGUAAAGGAGGACCGGUUCAGUACAAGGGACAUAUCGAACUGACUAACGCUAAAGUCAGAAUGGUAGGUCCAGAACGAACGGAGCGCAAGUACGCGCUGGAAAUAGUCACAAUCGAACAGCAAAGCAUGAUGGCGGUUUCAGUAGUAUCGAAUGGACUGUCUCUCAACAACGUGGCUAGUACCUCAAUGGUGUCCAUUCAUCUGCUUGCAGCCAAUAGCCAAGAGGAACAAGAAACAUGGGUGCGAGAAAUUCAAGCGGUAGCGGAUAUGCUCCAUAAUCAAAGACAGGCUAAAAUUGAUAGAGGUAAAUGACCCCGUUCGGUUGUAUCAUCAUGGGGUUGAUUAAAUAUUAAUAAUGGGACAUACAAUAGCCAACAAACCAAAACCUACUGAAGUCGACACAUUAUCACGGACAAGCACCGUAUCUUCAAGUUCUACCAAUGGAUCGGAUGGAUUUGACCUCAAAGGCAAACCUAUGAUGAAGAAAACCUCAGCCAGGCCUGCUCAGCCAGCAGGGUAUAAUGCAUCCAGUGGAAAGGGUUUCAACCAACG